AUGGAGAAAGCUGACCACGAAAAGCUGAAAUGCAUAGUGGCUUCAGUACCACAGUCCUCUUGCGCACCGACAGAUCAGAAGUGCCUUUGUGUUGAUACCCACUAUACCGCAAUUCUUGAAGAAUGCGUGGUAGCCAGCUGCACAAUCCGAGAGUCAUUGACCACGAAGAACGUUACAACAUCAUUGUGUGAAGCUCCGAUUCGGGAUCGAACAAAGGUUGUGUCAGUCGCAGGACUUGCAGGGGGAAUAAUCGCACUGGUUGCCUUUAUUUUCCGGAUGGUGGCAAGGCUGAGAUGCUGUGGUGGGGUCUUUGGGAUGGAUGAUCUGACAAUGAUGUUGACAAUGUGUCUCCUCAUUCCUCUCUCCGCUCUCUCGGUCCUUUUGGCAGACACCGGUUUGGGCAAGGAUAUGUGGACACUUCCUUUCGAUAAUAUCACUCACAUUCUUUACAUUUAUUUCUGGGAUGAAUUGCUAUAUUUAAGCAUCCUACCGCUUACCAAAAUAUCUAUUUGCUGCUUCUAUUUGCGCAUCUUUCCAGACCGGAAAUUCCGCACUGCCACUUAUGUUGUGAUUGCACUGAAUGUUGGGUAUUUGAUUGCCUUUAUCCUGAUCUCUGUGUUUCAGUGUCGACCACUGCCUGGUGCGUGGCUUCGUUGGGACGGAGAAGAGGAAUUCAAAUGCAACCAUAUCAACGCACAGGGAUGGGCAGCAGCGGUGCUGAACAUGGUGCUUGAUCUCAUCGUGAUGAUGCUACCACUGCGCCAGCUAUAUAACCUCAAUCUUUCCUUGAAAAAGAAGACCUACGUGAUAUGCAUGUUCAGUCUUGGAAUCUUCGUAACACUUGUCAGCAUUUUACGAUUGAAUUCGAUGAUCCACUUUGCUAGCACUACUAACUUGACAUGGGACUACGUGAGCAUUGGCUACUGGAGUACAAUUGAAUGCGACGUUGGCGUCAUAUGUGCCUGUCUACCAGCGAUUCGCUCUCUGCUUCGCCGUGUAGCCCCUGGGCUCUUUGGUGAUACUGAACACGCCAACUCCUAUGCCGUGAACUCUCACUCCCGCGGUACUGGCUCUAGGUUUGAAGGGGUGAAUGUUCAAAGCAAAAACGACCAACGUGACUUCUAUCCUCUCGAGGACUUAGACAACACAAGUGAGUCUCGAUUGCAUCACCCGGUAUAG